AUGUCCGGUUUCGUACCAAAAGAAGAGUAUUCGCGGGAAGCGUUACUUUUCUGUUUUAACCUCAAGAAAUUUGCUGCUGAAAGUCAUCGUUUGCUAGUAGAGGCUUAUAUAGGAAGCAUGCUCUAUCAGAAACAACUUGCACAGAUUGGUUUAGAAGAUUUAAAAACAAUGUUUUUGACACAUGGUAUUAUACACAUAUCACCUGUUACAAUAUUCGAAUUGAUAAUAUCGUUUCUAUUUCGUCGAACACCAUUCGUAAAUUUUAUCCUAAAGAUAUACAAUUUUAAUCCAAACUCGAAAUAUCAUGGAUUCUAUUUCAUGACAAAUCCAGUAUUUUUACUCCGCGAUUUGGAACUUAUUAAAAACGUUCUUGUCAAAAAUUUCGAAGCAUUUCCAGAUCGUCAAGGUCUUUUCAAUUCAAAUGAUCCUUUAUUCAAGAAAAAUUUGUUUUCUCUUCAUGGAGAAAAAUGGCGGAACGUGAGAAAUUUGUUGAGUCCCUCUUUUACAUCUAGCAAGAUGAAAAUGAUGUUCAUAUUGAUGUCAGAAUGUGCUGUGGAUUUUGCAAAAUUUUUAUCGACGUCGUCGUCAAAUGAAGAAAGUAUAAACAUGAAAGAUAUUUUCUCUAAAUACACAAAUGACGUCAUCGCUACAUGUGCAUUUGGAAUCAAAAUCAACUCCAUAAAGGAUCCAACAAAUAAAUUCUAUAUUUACGGCAAGGAGGCGAGUAACUUCACAGGAAUCGUACGCGGUUUAAAGUUUCUUUUUCUUGGAAGUUUUCCAAAACUCAGUCAAAUUCUCAAUAUAAAGAUUUUAAACGAUGAUGUGUCGCAUUUCUUCAAAGAUAUAAUAAAGACUACAAUCACGACUCGUGAUGCACAACAUAUUACACGUCCCGAUAUGCUACAGUUAAUGAUGGAUAUCAGAGGUAAAGAAGGUCGUAGAGAACUAGACAUCGACGACAUGACUGCGCAAGCCUUUAUUUUUUUCCUCGGUGGUUUCGAGACCAGUUCAACCGCAAUGUGCUUCGCAGCUCACGAAAUCGCAGCUAAUUCAGAAAUUCAAACAAAAUUGCAACAAGAGAUCGACAUGGUUUUGCAGAAGUCAAAUGGAGAAGUGUCUUAUGAAGUCAUUAAUCGGCUCGAAUAUUUAGAUGCGGUGAUAAAUGAGACUCUUAGAUUAUAUCCACCAGUUUCCGCCUUAGAAAGGACAUGCAAAAAAACUUAUGAAUUACCACCUGCAUUGCCGAACGAGAAACCUUUUAUCCUGAGAAAGGGUAUGUCUGUUUGGAUUCCGGUUUUCGCAAUCCAACGUGAUGGAAAGUAUUACGAUAAUCCGGAGAAAUUUGAUCCAGAAAGAUUUUUAGACAACAAAAUGCAGAAUUCUUCGUGUUACAUGCCGUUUGGAUUAGGACCGAGAAUGUGCAUAGCUAACAGAUUUGCCAUGCUUGAAACCAAAGUUUUGCUGUUUCAGUUAUUAGCACGAUGUGACCUGAAGCCUUCUACGAAAACUGCUUCCCCAAUAAAAUUUUCCAAAGAUGGAAUGCUAAUUCCGGAGAAUGGAUUUUGGUUAAAUAUUCAGCUGAUCGGUGUAAUAAGUAUUCAUUACCUUUUUAAAAAUUUUAAUUUCUUUAAAAGACAUGGUAUUCUACAUGUAUCGCCUGCUCCAAUAUUUGGAUCCAUAAUGUCGAUUAUAUUUCACCGAAUAUCAUUCGCCGAUUUCCUUCUGAAGAUAUAUAAUUUCAAACCAAAUGCAAAAUAUAUUGGUCUCUACUUCAUGACAACUCCAAUCUUCUUUCUUCGUGAUCCGGAACUCAUUAAGAGUAUCUUUGUUAAGAAUUUUGAGUCAUUUCCAAAUCGUAUAGGUUUUUCUGAUUUGAAUGAACCUUUAUUUAAAAAUAAUUUAUUUUCUCUUGAUGGAGAAAAAUGGCGGAACGUAAGAACUCUGCUGAGUCCCUUUUUUACAUCUAACAAGCUAAAAAUGAUGUUUACAUUGAUGUCAGAAUGUGCUGUGGAUUUUGCAAAAUUUAUAUCGACAUUACCAGCAGAUAAUGGAAGUAUAAACACAAAAGAUGCUUUCUCUAAAUAUACCAAUGAUGUCAUUGCUACAUGUGCUUUUGGAAUCAAGAUAAACUCUAUGAAAGAUCCAACGAACAAAUUUUAUGUUAACGGUAAUGAAAUAUCUACCUUUACAGGGAUUCGUGCUGUAAAGUUGCUUUUUUUAAGAAAUUUUCCGAGACUUGGACGAAUAUUUAAUAUAAAGAUUAUGAAUGAUUAUGUGUCGCAUUUCUUCAUGGACAUCAUAAAGACUACCAUUGCCACUCGUGAUGCAGAACACAUUACACGUCCGGAUAUGCUGCAGUUAAUGAUGGAUAUCAGAGGCAAAGAAGGUCGUAGAGAACUAGACAUCGACGAAAUGACUGCGCAAGCGUUUGUCUUUUUCCUCGCUGGUUUUGAGACCAGUUCAACUACGAUGUCCUUUGUAGCUCACGAAAUAGCAGCUAACCCAAAUGUUCAAACCAAAUUACAACAAGAGAUCGACAAAGUUCUGGAGGAAUCGAACGGAGAAGUGACUUACGAAGCCAUCAAUCGGCUAGAUUAUUUAGAUGCGGUAAUAAGCGAGGCACUCAGAUUAUAUCCACCAGUUCCUAUCUACGAAAGGACAUGCGAAAAAGCUUAUGAAUUACCACCCGCAUUGCCGAACGAGAAAUCUUUUAUCUUGAAAAAAGGUACGAUUGUUUGGAUUUCGCCUUUUGUAAUUCAACAUGAUGAAAAGUAUUACAAUAAUCCGAAGAAAUUUGAUCCAGAAAGAUUUUUAAACAACAAAAUGCAGAAUUCUUCGUAUUAUAUACCAUUUGGAUUAGGACCAAGAAUGUGCAUAGCUAACAGAUUUGCCAUGCUGAAAGUCAAAGUUUUGCUGUUUCACUUAUUAGCACGAUGUGAUCUGAAGCCUUCUACGAAAACUGCUUCCCCAAUAAAAUUUUGCAAAGAUUUCAUAAUUUUGCCGCAGAAUGGGUUCUGGUUGAAUAUUCAGCGUAGAAAAAAUAUGCACUCUGUAUUGAAAUCUGCAGCAGUGAAUACAAUAAUUUCUAAGUCUUAG